AUGCCACCACAGCCUGACACGGCGGAUCUCUUCCGAUAUACCAGUGGCCGCUGGCUCUGGGAUGAGGAGCAGCAGCUUGUUGGGGCCGAUAUAUGCACGGUAAUCACGAAGUUGGCCGAAGGCUCGUUCAAUAAGACCUUCAGGCUGGAGAUGGGGAAUGGCUCAUCCGUGAUUGCAAGAAUCCCCCAUUCGACUGCUGGGCCAAGAUACUACACCAUAGCAUCUGAAGUCGCAACAAUGGAGUUUGCCCGCACAAUCCUCGGAGUCCCAACACCUCACGUGUAUGCUUGGAAUGCAGACGUGGGUAAUCCUGUCGGGUCUGAGUAUAUUAUAGUGAAGGAAGCCUCCGGGACGAAGCUGGAAGACCUAUGGAAUGAUUACUCUCUCGAAGAGAAGUUCGCAGUCAUGAAGGAUCUCGUGCAACUGGAGAGAAAAAUGCUUCAAGUGCCACUGAACCGCUAUGGGAGCUUGUACUAUGCCGGUGCCAAUAUCAGAGGUGCCGUGCCAGCUGAUACCUGUGCAGAAAUACCUACUGAGCUCAAAGACACAAUACGCCGUCGUUUUGUUAUUGGCCCGCUCGCAGAAAGGUACUAUUGGUCCAAAGAACGUGCAGAGAUGACCUUGGACCGAGGACCAUGGAAACAACCACAUGACUAUGUGCUUUCUCUAGCUUACCGAGAAAAGGCAUGGAUCCAACCAUACGCAACCUCUAAGAGCCGAAGACGACCCGCUAACUGGCAAGGGCUCUGCGCAGCACUCUUGAUCAUUCAAGCACGUCAUCCAGGGCUAGUCGAUUAUAGUAGUAAAGUUAUUCUAAAAGCCCCCGAAAGCUUCAAGCAGCUGAAUCUGGCGGAAAAGGCUCGGAUUAGAGGCCUUAUAAGUCGCUCAAUCCUGCUUUAUCUCUACGAGAAACAGAUUGCCAGAGAGCUACUUCUACUUAAUAAAGUCCUUCGAUUUAAUCACGGUUGGACAAGGUGCAAUCCGGUUCUGUUCGUGGGCGAUACGUGGGAGGACGACCUUCUCCCCUUGCGGGAAUCGCUGGUUAGGCUUGAGAGAUGCUGGAAUGAAUCAGGGUUUGACUUUCCAUGUCCGAUCCAUUUCACCGAGGAUGAUCUUCGGGUCCAUGCAGAAGAAAAUACCGGGUGGAAUAAUAUACAAAACUUCUGGAAUUCCGUCGCAGACGUCGUAUCGAGAGAUGGCUGGACCCCGCACCAUUUAUAUAGGGAUACCGUUUCGCUGUUUACAGAGCUACGAGAUAUUGGCCUGAAAGCUAUGGUGGGGAAGAAGAGGGAUGCAUUUGAGAUCCAGACACAAUGGGUCAAGAAGCAUUAG